AAUCACUUAAACAUCAGUCUGUGUCGAUACUUGAGUGAGUCAAGAACGGUAUAAUUUUGAGCAAAAAAGCAUUUGUGAAAAUUUUCUACAUUAGAAAGUUCAAGAUGAAAUACGUGAUAUUUUCCCUUUUGCUCUGCGGAGUAUCCCUUUCCAUGGGACAGCGUUUGGAAAAUGAUCCUGAUGGAAAGGCUUGCGUACCAGGUAGUUCUUUUAUGGACAAGGAUAACUGCAACAGAUGCGUCUGUACAAAAGAUGGAGCAAGAUAUGCCUGCACUAAAAGGUUUUGCGGUACAAUGGAUAUUCAAGGUGAUCAACCGCAAAAUGAGCAAAACUGUGUUCCUGGAUCACGUUUUAAGUCUUCUGAUGGCUGUAAUUGGUGUACUUGCUCCGAAGAUGGAAAACAUUCCUUCUGUACUCUAAUGGCUUGCGUUGGUAAACCUGAAUACGUUGCAACACCCUACCGCAGGAAGCGUGACGAAGGUUGCGUUCCUAAAUCGUCAUUCACAGCCCCGGAUGGCUGUAAUACUUGCAGAUGUUCUGAUGAUGGAAAACACUCUUUCUGUACUCGAAUGGAAUGCCCACCAAAAGCCCAGGAAGCAACCCCGUAUCGCAGAAGACGUGAUCUCACAUGUACUCCUGGACAAACCUUUACGGCUUCUGAUGGAUGUAACACAUGCCACUGUAACGAGGAAGGCACAAAUGCCGUCUGCACCCUUAAGGCUUGCAUUAGCAAUCCGAACAAUCCUAACUAUGCAGCAACGACCUACCGCAGAAAACGCGAUGAAGGUUGCACUCCCAAAUCUACAUUCACAGCCCCAGAUGGAUGCAACACUUGCAGAUGCUCUGAUGAUGGAAAGACCUCUUUCUGUACCCGAAUGGAAUGCCCACCAACACCCCAGGAAGCAACCCCAUAUCGCAGAAAACGUGACCUCAAAUGCACUCCUGGGAAUGUCUUUAUGGCUGAAGAUGGAUGCAACUCAUGUAUCUGUAACGACGAUGGUACAAAUGCUGCUUGCACUGAAAGGGCUUGCAUUACAAAUCCUGAAUACGCUCCAAUGCCCUAUCGCAGGAAACGCGAUGAAGGUUGCGUCCCUAAAUCUUCAUUCACAGCCCCAGAUGGCUGCAACACUUGCAGGUGCUCUGACGAUGGAAAACACUCUUUCUGUACUCGAAUGGAAUGCCCACCAAAAGCCCAGGAAGCUACUCCCUACCGCAAAAGACGUGAUCUCGCUUUAGACCGAGAUAGUGGAAUAGCUUGCGAGCCAAACACUAGCUACAUGAAUGAUUGCAAUAUGUGCAUUUGCACUGUCUAUGGUAGACUCUACUGUACUCAGAGACAUUGCAUCAAAUUCGAAUAGAAACUGCACUUUCUGCACAAUCUCUUUUCUACCUCACACUUCCUACACAGCUUUACCCUUCAGCAUCCAUCGUAUUCCUAAAAGCAAUCUUUUACUUCUAAUAACACAUUUCAAACUGACUUUUGUAAUUAACAUAAAUUUCUCUCUUUUUAUGUACAGAGACGUGUGAAGAUAAUAAAUGUAAAUGAGCUAACA